GAAAAUAGCCCCAAAAUUCCCAAAAGAGAUUGGAUUCAGAGAAGUGCGGCAUACGGGUAAAACCAAGUCUUAACUUUGUUUGGUCACACUGUGUGUGAAGCAGCAAUCAAUCAUGCAGAUCUUCGUGAAAACCCUAACAGGGAAGACCAUCACCCUCGAAGUUGAGAGCAGCGACACCAUCGACAAUGUCAAGGCCAAAAUUCAGGACAAAGAAGGGAUACCUCCUGACCAGCAGAGACUAAUUUUUGCUGGCAAACAGUUGGAAGAUGGUCGGACUCUGGCUGAUUACAAUAUCCAGAAAGAAUCAACACUUCACCUGGUAUUGAGGCUCAUGGGAGGAACUAUGAUUAAGGUGAAAACUCUCACUGGAAAGGAAAUUGAGAUUGAUAUUGAACCCACAGACACCAUUGAUCGAAUUAAGGAACGGGUUGAGGAGAAAGAAGGAAUACCUCCUGUGCAGCAAAGACUUAUUUAUGCUGGAAAGCAGCUAGCGGAUGACAAGACAGCUAAGGAUUACAAUAUUGAAGGCGGUUCUGUUCUUCAUCUUGUUCUUGCAUUGAGGGGUGGUAGUCUUUAGAUCGCACCAAAUUGGGUUAAAAAUGGCCAACCAUUAUCCAUGAAUUUAUCAUGGCAGUUCCCUUUUUGUUUUCUUUUUACCUUUUCUGUUGUACUUUUGGAAGAAAUGUGAAACUCGGCUAAAGCUGAGAUUGAUUUCCUUAUUUAUGUGGAAUGGUGCUUGCUUGCUUA